GUUCACCACCCAGGUAUGUAGAGCUCUUCAAGAUUCAAAUUUUAAGUGAGAAAAUUUAUUUGAUCAUAGAAGAAUUAGAAAGCAGACCAAUGCAAGUUUGAGGUCUUAAUUGUCAAUAUCAGAGUAGGUUUAGCAUACUUGAAGCUGACCUUAUGAAGUCACGAACAGAAUGAAUGAAGCUUAAAUAAAGAAAUUGAUAAACUUCAGAAAAUGCUCUCCAUCAAUGCGAAGAGCAUUAACGAUACUUCAUCAACUGCUCUUUUGCCAAGCGAGUUUAAGGAGCUUUGGAAGGAGCUAACCACUGAGAAGAUAAUCGAUGCCUUUGCUAACUUUUACGAUGAUCAACAUCUCUACAUUAUGUUGAUUCAAACUACUUUCUACAUUUGUCAGUUGGAAAUACAAAAUUCUAUUCAUGCUAAAAAUGAUGAGAUUUUAUCAAUUUUGAAUAUUCAAAAUGAUAAUGAUAAACGAUCAAUCACAAAUAAAAUUGGCAGGAUACUCCAGACUUACUCUAAGUAUAUAUUCCAAUAUGAUGAUUGCUUCCUAGCAAGGAUCAAAAAGCAUUUAAUGGAGGUCCUUCAAUCAAAAUUCAAAUCACUUCUUCCUUCUCAAGAAUUCUGAAAGUUGUUCACAAACGGAAACGAGGACAGUCCUUCAUCCAAUCUUGAAAAGAUGAUCGAAGCUGAGGAGUUUGAAGAUUGCAUCAAGAUACUUUAUUCUUUGUGACUUAAUAUGGAGCUUAGCGAUCCUCCUAUCACUAUUGAACUCAUGAGCUUCAUCGAUCAGCAAGAGAAUAGUUAUUGUUAAUG